UACAGUAGGUAGUCCACUAAACUCCAAGAGGCAUUAUCAAUAAACGGAGUCCAACACCGCGUAUGGAGUCCUGACACCGCCAACACGAGUCGUUUCAGGGCCACCAGGGCGCUGACAGAGCUGACAGGGCUGGGUCAAGGGAUCGCACAAGGAGGGGUUAGCAGCCCGAUAAGAGCCCAACUAAUGCCCGUUCGGGGCAAGCGGGCACAUCCCUUGUGUUCUGGAAAGCCUUGAGUAGCCGGAUUUGGUGGGGUUGGCUAGCUUGGCUGAGCGGUGCCUCUCUCACGAGGACGUCCUAGGUCGUCGUCAGUCAGGUACAGGACAGACAUGCAUGGACAUUCGUCGGAUCGUGGAUCGUGGAUCGUGGAUCAUUGGAUUACCACCGCUCCUUGCUAGCUGCAUCAUCCAUGGAAAAAAACCAAUUGAUCAGAAUUUGCACGGCUUCACGAACUCGAGUCUCGCUCGCCUUUGCUAAGGUAUAUUAGAGCCAGUCCCCCAGGUGGGGUGUCGUAUCGUGGUCCUUUCACAAUAAACAGGUAUACGAGAGCGACAGAUCUUGAUCCUCCUCACCUGUCAUCCAAUACUUCCAUCCUAUCCUAUCAUAGCUUCAGGUCUAGCUGCUCACUUUCACCCUCAGCCAGCUUCCAACUUCUCAGCCCUCUCCUCUCUCUCCUCUCCUCUGCCCAUUUCCUUAUCUUUGAUCCUCCCAAAAGAGUUCACGCCCGCUUCACGUCAGCCCUCAGAUAGAGCCUCGCGUCGCCCUUGUGUUACUAUAAACAUCUGAUCGGCUCAUCACCUUCGGGAACUUAUCAUCGCAUCACAACAAGCAGAAACCCGGCCACACAAACAAGCACCACGUCCUCGUCUGCGGUUAGGUGCUCAAUACAGCUACUGUCCACCGCUUGUUUUGAACUCGUUCACCGUCUCUGCAAGUUUAGCUGCCGUUGCCGGGCCCCAUACGAAAUCAAUCCGACUUGUACAGCAGGUGCGACUCAUUCUGCCACUCGCGAGGUCGCUGCUCAGAUAAGGAAACUUUUCCUCAAUACUUCGAGCCAGUUGGUCUAGACAUUGACCUCGAAAUCGACAAUAUGGCGACUCCAGAUCGUUCCCCUCCAAACCACAAGUUGGUCGACCAAUUACUCAAGAGCCCCGGUCGUCAGCCCUCUCCACAACCCACACAUUUCAGCGUGCCAUAUAGGAAUGGGAAGAAUGGCAUGAAUGGGAACGGAAAUGGGCACAGAGUCUUGCGGUCUGCCACCGUAGGAUAUGUCGCUCCAGAGUUCAAGGGAAAGCAAGCACAAAUGCUCGAGGUCAAGGGCAAGUUAGAAGAAAAUAAAUGGAUCCCGGGAUCACUCAUCGAAGAGCAAAUAGCCUGGUUCUAUAACGAGCUGGGCAUUGACGAUGUCUACUUCCAAAUGGAGACAGUCGACGCUAUCGUCAGCAACAUCGUAUCUCUGUAUGCUGCCAAGAUUGCUGCUUUUGCCCGAGAAGAUAGAAAGCAAGAAAUCAGACUGGAUAUGGAGGCUUCAGAUCACGCAAUAUACAUCGACACGAGCGAAGCAGGCAUCACCAAUCUCGAUGGUCCUCGUUACGAGCAUCGAUUAGAAAAGAAGUACCUCGACUCCUCAUCGAACAGCAUCUUCCGUGUUGAGACCUUCCGAUCACCUUCAAACUUGUCUGGAACCGGACCUGUCAAGACCUCACUGAGAUGCUAUUUCGUCUACCAGUGUCAAUUCGUUGACCCAAAUCCCUCGCCCCAGGAAACUCGUCUCGAGGUGAUUGCUGAUAGACUUUUCCUUGCCAAGGCUACCAAGAACACCAGAGAAAUCUACCAAGAUGUCAUUGAGCUGGCAGUCUCAAGAACGGGCCCAGUCAUCGAGGUCUUUGAUAUCGAAGAUUCCAAGGAGAAGCGAUUGGUCGUUGCAUUCCGUCGUAGAACAGCUGCUGGCAUGUUCAGCGCUUUGUCUGAUCUUUACCACUACUAUGGUGUCACCAGCUCCAGAAAAUACGUCGAGCAGUUCAGCAAUGGCAUCACUGUUAUUUGCUUGUACCUCAAGCCUGCUGUCAAUUUGGAUUCAAAGAAAUUCCCACCACUCGAAGCCUCCAUCCACCAAAUCACCAAGGAAAUUUCUCUGCUUUACUGCAUUCCCCAGAAUAAAUUCCAGCCCUUGUUCGCAAGUGGUCGACUCAGUCUUCAGGAGACAAUUUACGGACACUGCUUGCUGGUAUUCGUGCAACAUUUCCUGAACCGACUCGGUUCGGAGUACGGAUCCUUGGUAUCUGCUCUCGACGCAUCCAACAGUGCCCAUGUCGAGCUCCUAUCCAAGAUCAAGAAGCGUCUUAGAACCCAGACAUUCACUGCUGGCUACAUCCAUGAGAUUAUCAGCACAUACCCAGAGCUCAUCCGAUCCCUGUAUGCAUCCUUCGCCAACACCCAUCUCACUCUCGCCCCAGGCUAUAACGAGGAGUUCGUCCCACCAACUCCAUCCGCGGAAGUCCUGUCAGACAAUCAGCUCAAGGAAAUGAUCUCCAAGACUGUGAACAAUGAGCACGAGGAGGUUGUUAUGACUGCAUUCCGAGUGUUCAAUAACGCACUCCUGAAGACCAACUUCUACACACCCACCAAGGUUGCCUUGAGUUUCCGUCUCAACCCCGCUUUCCUUCCUGCUAUCGAAUAUCCUCAGCCAUUGUACGGUAUGUUCUUGGUUGUCAGCUCUGAGAGUCGAGGUUUCCAUCUCCGCUUCAGAGACAUUGCCAGAGGUGGUAUCCGUAUUGUCAAGUCGCGCAACAAGGAAGCAUACUCUAUAAAUGCUCGAUCCAUGUUUGAUGAGAACUAUGGAUUGGCCAAUACUCAACAACGCAAGAACAAGGAUAUCCCCGAAGGUGGAUCCAAGGGUGUCAUUCUUCUCGACGCCAAUCACCAGGAUAAGGGCAGUGUCGCUUUCGAGAAGUACAUUGACAGUAUCAUGGAUCUCCUCCUGAAGCCAGAGACUCCUGGCAUCAAGAACCCGAUCGUGGAUUUGUACGGAAAGCAAGAAAUUUUGUUCAUGGGUCCAGAUGAGAACACUGCUGAUCUUGUUGAUUGGGCUACUGAGCAUGCUCGCAAGCGUGGUGCUCCAUGGUGGAAGUCUUUCUUCACUGGAAAAUCUCCCAAGCUUGGAGGUAUUCCUCACGAUGCUUACGGCAUGACCACCCUCUCUGUUCGUGAGUUUGUCAAGGGUAUCUACCGAAAACUUGAGCUCGACCCCAGCAAGGUUCGAAAAAUGCAGACUGGAGGCCCUGACGGUGAUCUGGGGAGUAAUGAGAUCCUUCUUAGCAACGAGAAGUACACUUCUAUCGUCGAUGGUAGCGGUGUUCUAGUUGAUCCUAACGGAAUCAACCAUGAGGAGCUGAUCCGUCUCGCCAAGGCCCGAGUCAUGAUCUCUCAAUUCGACAUCACCAAGCUGUCUAAGGCCGGAUACCGCGUCCUUGUCGAUGAGACCAACGUCAAGCUCCCUACCGGUGAGAUCGUUGAUAACGGCAACACUUUCCGCAAUACCUUCCACCUCCGUGAAACCGGCUUGACCGACUCCUUCGUUCCCUGUGGUGGCCGACCCGAGUCCAUUGAUCUCGCUACUGUCGGCAAGCUUAUCAAGAAAGGCAAAUCAACAAUCCCUUACAUUGUUGAAGGUGCCAACCUCUUCAUCACCCAAGAUGCCAAGCUCCGCCUUGAAGAAGCUGGCUGCAUUCUCUUCAAAGACGCCAGCGCCAACAAGGGUGGUGUCACCUCAUCCUCCCUCGAAGUCCUAGCCAGUUUGAGCUUUGAUGAUGAAGGCUUCGUCAAGAACAUGUGUGUUGGAAGCGACGGCAACCCACCCGAGUUCUACCAAGCCUACGUCAAGGAGGUCCAGGCCAAGAUCAAAGACAACGCUCGUCUUGAGUUCGAAGCCAUCUGGCGCGAACACAAGCAGACCAAGAUCCCUCGCAGCACCCUCUCCGAUACCCUCUCCAUUGCUAUCACCAAGCUUGAUGAAGAGCUUCAGAAGACUGAUCUCUGGAAGAAUGAGAAGCUGAGAAACUCGGUGCUCGAGGAUGCUUUGCCUAAUCUGCUACUCCAGAAGAUUGGUCUCAGCACGAUCAUUCAGCGCGUGCCUGACAACUACCUCAGAGCUAUCUUUGGUAGUUACUUGGCCAGUCGCUUUGUGUACGAGUUUGGAAGUAGCCCUAGCCAGUUUGCGUUCUUUGAUUUUAUGUCGAAGCGCAUGCAGAAGGUCCAGUAAACAAUAUACGGUCUAAAAAGAGGCCUGCUUUGGUUUCAGCAUUUGAUCCUUGAUUCUGCUCACGCUUGUUGAGUCGUCUCCUCAAAAUCUCCAAUUUCCCUUUUUCUCAUUUCGGUGCGAAAGGGAAAAAAAAAUCUACGGAAAAGCAAAAGUAAAUAAAACAGCCCAGAUCAGGGAACUGAGAAUGGGAAAUGGAUAUGGGUAUAGCAUGGGUUGCGAUGGGAUGGGAUGGGAUGGCGUUGUCUCUCUCUAUAUUUUGAUAAAGUUUGAUUCCAAAUUGCAUUGCAUUGCCGGGAUGGAUGGGUUUGAUGGGUUGCGUGGGUGGGAGGAGGCGGCUAUAGUCUGCUGAUAAUGAUGGCUGGGUAUUGCAUGAGAAUUGCCUAGUUGCGUAAUUUAUGUCUUCGAGAAUCGAAGGAUUGAUUGAACGAUAUCAUGAUUCUUUA